CCUAUAAAUAGGCCCGGCCCGGGCACUGGCUCAGCUCUUGGAGGGAGUUCGAGAACCAGGCCGCCAGCCUUCGCACACACGGUGCCCCCAGCCCCCUGCCAGCAUGGCCAGCGAGUUUAAGAAGAAGAUCUUCUGGAGGGCCGUGGUGGCCGAGUUCCUGGCCAUGAUCCUCUUCGUCUUCAUCAGCAUCGGCUCUGCGCUGGGCUUCCAGUACCCGGUGGAGAGCAACCAGACGGCGCCGGGGGCUUCCCAGGACAACGUCAAGGUGUCCCUGGCCUUUGGGCUGAGCAUCGCCACGCUGGCCCAGAGCGUGGGCCACAUCAGCGGCGCCCACCUCAACCCCGCCGUCACGCUGGGGCUGCUGCUCAGCUGUCAGAUCAGCAUCCUCCGGGCCCUGCUCUACAUCGUGGCCCAGUGCGUGGGAGCCAUCGUGGGCACCGCCAUCCUCUCGGGCAUCACCUCAUCCCUGCCUAACAACUCCUUGGGCCGCAACGAGCUGGCCCCUGGUGUGAACUCCGGCCAGGGCCUGGGGAUCGAGAUCAUCGGCACCCUGCAGCUGGUGCUGUGCGUGCUGGCCACUACUGACCGUCGGCGAAGGGAUCUUGGCGGCUCGGCCCCGCUCGCCAUCGGCUUCUCCGUGGCCCUGGGGCACCUGCUGGCGAUCGACUACACCGGCUGUGGCAUCAACCCCGCUCGCUCCUUUGGCUCCUCAGUGAUCUCUCACAACUUCAAGGACCACUGGGUCUUCUGGGUGGGGCCCUUCAUCGGGGGCGCCCUGGCCGUGCUCAUCUACGACUUCAUCCUGGCCCCCCGCAGCAGUGACCUCACGGACCGCGUGAAGGUGUGGACCAGCGGCCAGGUGGAGGAGUACGACCUGGAUUCCGACGACAUCAACUCCAGGGUGGAGAUGAAGCCCAAAUAGAGGGGCCGUCUGGGGCAUCCCGCAGGGGUGGGGGCAGGGGCAGCCAGGGCGGGGCGGGGAGGGGCGGGUGGGAGAACUGCACACUGUAGACACUCUGAACAGCGGCCACCGGCACUUCCCAAAGGCCCACGGGCGCAGCCUGGUGGAGCCUGCUUGAGGGCUGUUUCUCUCACUGUCCUUCUCUUUCCCUUUCCUGGCCUUACCGGCUUCCUGGGACCAAGACUGACCAUUCGCUGGCUCAUUCCAGGGCAAGGAGGAGGUGAGGGAGACUGAGCCCCUCGACCUGCCGUCCCCCAGAGUGUGACGGGAAGCAUGCCAGAAAGCCCCCUCCUCCCAGUUCACCUGCUGCCUGGGGUCCGGCCACGAAGGCUCUGUGCUGUGGGCACCACCCCCUUCCCGCAACGAGCACAGAGCCCAAAGGCUGCAGUGGUGGGGUCAGUGGCGGACCAGCUUCCCCUCCUGCACUUUGGUUUGUUCCCACCACCCUCCCCCCCAACUUGGUACCUGACCGUGGAAUCUUCCCUGUCGGGCGCUGAGUGAAGGUCUCAGGGGUGAGAAGAGUGAACCCAACUUCCUGAAGGCCCCUGUAAGGAUGCCCCAGUCAGCCGGGCCGUGGCUUCUGGGAGACGAGCGCAGUGCCUUGCUUCUUGCCUGGUGUUCCCCAGGCAGCUAGCUGCCCAUCUCCAUCCAUCCGUCAGAACUGCACAGGCGUGCAGACGUGACCCGGCAGAGAGCAGCCCAGGCCGCUGGAGCCUCGGACGGUGGCUCCUGCAGUCAGGGCUUGCUGACACAGAGUAGGGUCACCGGCAAGACUGGGGAGGGGUCUGCUGCGGGCUGUGUCCUGCAGUCCGGGUCGGUCUGGUCCACUCCUUGCUGUAUCUCUCUCUGUCUCUCCCUCUCUCCCCCUGCAAAGCUCCCCAGCCCACCUGGCAGCACAACCACAGGUCAGGUGAGGAGGGUGUGGAGGGUGGAGGCCCUCUGCCUACCAUGCAGGUAUGCCCAUCACAGCUGUCCAAAGCGCCACACCAGUGGGCAGGCAGAGUCUUGGGCUUCUGGCUUUUCCAAGUCCCAAGCUGAACCAGGCGAAAGGAGGAGGAGGAAGAGAAGGUCUCCCUGCCCGCUUAGUCCUGAGCUCUUGACUGGAAGCAUCUGAGGUGGCCAGGAGAUGCGCUUGGGCCCUUGAGAACACCGCUGGCCUUGAAUGAGCACGGCAGCCCCGGAACGGCUCAGCAGAAACUGUUGGGGGCAGCGGCUGACGUCCCAGCCGUCCCAGCAGGGCCCCUUCUGCGCCCACAUGGCACGAUGACACAGAGGCAGCGGGGUGGCUGGGGAGCGCUCUGCGGCCACUGGUCCAGCACGACAGCUGAGCUGGCACCUUCAUUAUUCAGCGAGAGCACCCAGGGCACCUUGCAGAUAAGGAGAUGAAGGCCCAGGCUCCCAUAGCUUGUGAUUGGGCCAGGCUGAGGCUACUCCCUCAGCUGCGGCCCUGAUUCCCUCUUUCCCAGUUUCCCAGUUUCUGCCUGGGCCAGUGGUCAAGGGUCAGGAGGAGGAGAGGAUCUCACUGGGGGUGGGGGAGAGGGGCCACACGUCUAGCCCUGCCCUAGCUGCUGCGUCCCAGGCCCUGCUUCUGUCUGCUCUGCACGUAUGUCUCCGUGGAUGUGGAAUCCAGUAUAUGCCAAGCAAAAUAAAAGAAAACGACAUGCAAGGUC